UGAUGGCCCAUUUAUUCAGGAUUCUCCUCUCUGAAGCUCUCAAGAGAGAACUAAUGAAACUAAUGGAAGCACAAAGGAAUCAAUGUCGAUUUGGAAGAUGAUAACGAUCUUCGUGCUCUGAAACGAAAGUAUUUAACGCCAAAUAAUAAAAAAUUCAAGAGUCUGCACAAGCAAAAGAGUCACGAUGGAAUUAGCAGACAGAACGAUUGGGCUGCUUUUGACAGUAACUAGUUUGUUUAUUUUCACAUAUUAUACCUUCUGGGUCAUCAUUCUGCCAUUGGUUGAUACUGAUCAUUUUGUGCACAACUAUUUUCUACCUCAAGAGUAUGCGAUUCUUAUUCCUGUAUUUGCUGGAAUGGCACUCAUCUGCUUGCUGAGCAUGUUUAUUGGAUAUGUAAUGCUCAAGUCCAAAAAGAAGAAGGCAUGAUACAGCCAGGCUAAGCCUGCUGCUAGCUGUUUGAACUCUUUCCCACUUGAACAGCUCGUGUCACAUAAAUUUUUCUCUAUUCAUAUGUUUACUAUGAUCUGAAAAUCCUAGAUACCUUCAGCCUUCUAGUAGUGAAAACAUACAGACAACAAGCUCUAUUUUGUGUUUGUAGUUUCUUUAGGAAUGUCUGUUGUCUUUAGAUAGAAAAGGGAAUAGGCCCCUGUCAUUAGCCUGUAUCUUGAUAAUUAUUAGAGGUCGAUGGUUCCUCUUUAGUUGUGUAGUGGGGUAUCUUUUUCUAUGUUAUUCAUGAAUCACGAUUCAGCAAUAAAGUCUACGAAUAGAAUGAGAGUUGUUGAACAAUGA